CCCGCAGAGCGAGGCGGGCCCGGCCGGGCCGGCCCGGGGCGGGGCCUACAGAGCGAGCCCGCGCUGCGCCUCGGCGCCGGCCCACGCCAACGUCAUGGCCGCGGAGCGGCGCGCCAAGGCGGACACGCUGGCCCUGCGCCGGCGGCUCCUCAGCGCUGCCUGCAGACUCUUUUAUCCUGAGGCUCCUGUUAAGAUUGUCCGAGGCCAAGGGCAGUACCUGUAUGAUGAACAGGGGGCAAAGUACCUGGAUUGCAUCAACAAUGUGGCUCACGUGGGGCACUGCCACCCUCUCGUGGUCCAAGCUGCACACGAACAGAACCAGGUGCUCAACACCAACAGCCGAUACCUGCACGACAACAUCGUGGAUUAUGCGCAGCGGCUGUCAGAGACCCUGCCGGAGGAGCUCUGUGUGUUUUAUUUCCUGAAUUCUGGGUCAGAGGCCAACGACCUGGCCCUGAGGCUGGCCCGCCAGUACACGGGACACCAGGACGUGGUGGUGCUGGACCAUGCAUACCACGGUCACCUGAGCUCCUUGAUUGACAUCAGUCCCUACAAGUUCCGGGACCUGGAUGGCCAGAAGGAGUGGGUGCACGUGGCACCCCUCCCAGACACCUACCGGGGCCUCUACCGGGAGGACCACCCCAGCCCAGCCGCAGCCUAUGCCAGUGAGGUGGAGCGUGUGGUCCGCAGCGCACAAGAGAGGGGCAGGAAGAUCGCAGCCUUCUUCGCGGAGUCUCUGCCGAGCGUGGGAGGCCAGAUUGUGCCCCCUGCUGGCUACUUCUCCCAAGUGGCAGGGCAUAUCCGCAGGGCCGGCGGGCUCUUCGUCGCAGACGAGAUCCAGGUUGGCUUCGGCCGGGUGGGCACACACUUCUGGGCCUUCCAGCUGCAAGGGCAGGACUUUGUGCCCGACAUCGUCACCAUGGGCAAGUCUAUUGGCAAUGGCCACCCGAUUGCCUGUGUGGCCACAACCCAAGCUGUGGCGAAGGCUUUUGAAGCCACGGGCGUCGAGUACUUCAACACGCUCUCUGCUAUGGCCUGGGAAAGCAGUAGAAGAUGGCCCAAGUCCUUGGGCCCCUGCACCCACAGGGGAGACCUGCAAGAAGCUCCUGGCUCCUGGCUUCAGAUCAGCACAGCUCCAGCCAUUGCGGCCAUCUGGGGAGUAAACCAGCGGAUAGAAGACCUCUCUCUCUGUCUCCACCUUUCUCUGUAACUCUUUCAAAUAAAUAAAAUAAUAAAUCUUUUUUUUUAAAGAUGCCUUACAUACUUGGGCCCCACCACCCACAGAGGAGACCCAGAUGGAGUUCCAACCUUCUGGCUUUGGCUUGACGUUGGCCAUUGUGGCCAUUCGGGGAGUGAAUCAGUGGAUGGAAGAUCUGUCUCUCCUCUCUCUGUGUAACUCUGCCUUUCAAAUAAAUAAAUCAUUUUUUUUUUUAAUCAUUUCUUUGAAAGGCAGAAUUACAGAGAGGCAGAGACAGAGAGAAUAAGAGAUUUUCCAUCCACUGGUUUACUCCCCAGAUGACCUCAAGUCAGAGGUGGGCCAGGCUAAAGCCAGAAGCCAGGAGCUUCUUCCCGGUCUCCCACGUGGGUGCAGUGACCCAAGGACGUGGGCCAUCUUCCACUGCUUUCCCAGGCACAUUAGCAGGGAGCUGGAUGGGAAGUGGAGCAGCUGGGACUUGAACCAGUGCCCGUAUGGGAAGCUGGCACUGCAGGUGGAGGCCUAACCUCCUACACCACAGCAUCAGCCCCCGUUUCUCCUCGUUUCUUUCUGGUCUUCUGACCGAACAGUCUCAGUUGACACAUCUUCAGGUAGGCUCAUUCUUUCCUGUGCUCGCCCAGAUCUGCUGCUGAACCCCUCCCUCGUUGUUUUUCAUUUCCACUACUGUGCUUUUCAACCCGAUUUUCUGUUGGGAUCUUUUUAUAAUUCCUGUCUCUUUACGGGUAGUCUCUAUUUUGGCCUAACAAGGUCAAUGUCUAGGCUUCCUCAGGGACAGUCUGGAUGAAGGGCUCUUUAUACCCUGUGUGUGCACCAGGCUUUCUUCUUUCUUUGCAUGCUUCAUAGCUGUUCAUUGAAAACUGGACAUUUUAAAUCGGAUCAUGUAGCAAACUGGGAAAUCAUAUCCCCCUCUCCCCGCUGAGUGUCAGUUGUUGGUGGUUUAGUGCCUUUUCUGAACUAAUUCUUAUAUUUUUCAUUUUUAUUCGAAAGGCUUAGACAGAGUUAUUCCAUCUGCUGAUUCACUCCCCAAAUGCCCACAACAGCUGGGACUGGGCCAGGCCAAAGCCAGGAGUCUGGAACUCCAUCCAUGUCUCCCAUGUGGAUGGCAGGACCAGAGUAGCUGAACCAUCAUCUGCUGCCUCCCAGCAGGUGCUGCGUUCACAGGAAGCUGGAUCCGACAUGGAGGAGUCAGGGCUCAAGCCAGGCACUCUGAUGAGGGAUGAGGGAGUCCAGGUGGCAUCCUAACCACUGCACCAAACACCUGCCCCCGACCUAAUUCUAAGAUGUUGUGGGUACUGUCCUGUGUGGCCAGUGUAGUGUCUGCCCAUUUAACUUAGUGAUCAUACAGAGAUAGCCUUAAAUACCUAGCCCCGAUGUCACUCAGCCAGUGAGCAGGUAACUCCACCUUAGCCUCUUACCAGCCUUUCAUUCUGUGAGUUCGCAAACAGUUGAUGACUGUUUCUGCCAGGGUUUCUGCUUUCAUGGAGAUUUUCAUGGUGGGCAGAGGCCUUUUUCUGCCACUUUCAUUGGCCUCACCCAGUCUUGUUCCUAUUUAUAUUUUUAAUAUGAUUCCAUUUCAUCUCCUUGCAAGACAGAGAGAUGGCCUGUAUCUGUUGGUUCACUCCUAAAUGGCUGCAACAGGCAGGGCUGGGCCUGGCCGAAGCCAGGAGGCCAGGAGCCUGGAACUUCAUCUUGGUCUCAAGCACUUUGGGCCAUCAUCUGCUCAAAAGAUGCAUUAGAAGGAACUCGGGUCAGGAGCAGACGCAGGGCUCAAACUGAUGCUCCCAUGUGGGAUGCGGUGCCCCAAACACCAGCCUAAACCCACUGUGCCACACCACCCACCCUUCUCGUUCCCGUCUCCUUGAGAUUUGCUUUUUCUAAGCUUUAAGAAUAUUCUUGGCCGGCGCUGCGGCUCACAUGGCUAAUCCUCUGCCUGCAGCGCUGGCACACCGGGUUCUAGUCCCGGUCGGGGCGCCGGAUUCUGUCCCGGUUGCCACUCUUCCAGUCCAGCUCUCUGCUGUUGCCCGAGAAGGCAGUGGAGGAUGGUCCAAGCGCUUGGGCCCUGCAACCACAUAGGAGACCAGGAGGAAGCAUCUGGCUCCUGGCUUUGGAUCGGCGCAGCGUGCCGGCCAUAGCAGCCAUUUGGGGGAUGAAAAGGAAGACCUUUCUGUCCCUAACUCUGCCUGUCCAAAAUAUAUAUAUAUAUAAUAUAUAUGAUAAAAUAUAAAUAUAUAAUAUAUAUAUUUUUUGUUUUUGCU